GUACUAAGAGAAAGCCGGCAAUAAAAUGUUUUCCUUCAACAUGUUUGACCACCCGAUUCCCCGGGUCUUCCAAAAUCGAUUCUCUACUCAGUACCGUUGUUACUCAGUUUCCAUGUUGGCGGGGCCCAAUGACCGAUCUGAUGUGGAGAAAGGAGGGAAGAUUAUCAUGCCACCAUCUGCUCUAGAUCAGCUCAGUCGUUUGAACAUUACUUACCCAAUGCUCUUCAAGCUGACCAAUAAAAAUUCUGACAGGAUGACACAUUGCGGUGUUCUUGAAUUUGUUGCAGAUGAAGGAAUAUGUUACUUGCCUCAUUGGAUGAUGCAGAAUUUGCUGCUAGAAGAAGGAGGAUUGUUACAGGUGGAAAGUGUCAACCUUCAAGUUGCCACAUAUUCAAAAUUCCAGCCACAGAGCCCAGAUUUCUUGGAUAUUACUAACCCUAAAGCUGUAUUAGAGAAUGCUUUGAGGAAUUUUGCUUGUCUUACCACUGGAGAUGUAGUCGCCAUUAAUUACAAUGAAAAGAUCUAUGAACUUCGAGUUAUGGAGACAAAACCUGACAAAGCUGUGUCCAUCAUAGAAUGUGAUAUGAAUGUUGAUUUUGAUGCCCCUUUGGGAUACAAGGAACCAGAGAGACAUACACAGCAGGAAGAACCAACAGAAAAUGAGCCAGACCACAGUGAGUAUGCUGUAGACCUUGGAUUUAGGGCAUUUACUGGCUCUGGGAACCGGUUGGAUGGAAAGAAGAAGGGCAUUGACCCCAGUCCUUCCCCAUUAAAGCCAGAAGACAUUCGAAGAGGCAUUCCAAAUUACGACUUCAAGAUUGGAACAAUCACUUUCAUCAGAAAUUCAAGACCACAGGCAAAGAAGGUAGAAGAAGAUGAUGCUUUGAGCCGUUUUAUUGCAUUUUCUGGAGAAGGACAGUCUUUGCGGAAGAAAGGCAGAAAACCAUAACUGGCUGUGGGAAGUGGAAAUAAAAUGAGGUUGCAGUGUAUUGGUUUUGUGUGUCAUCUGAGAAAUUUUAGCAAGUUCUGCAGGAAGUGUGUUCACGGAUAGUCUCAAAGGUCCCUGUUUAAUGCAUGAAGAGCUCAGGCUUACAGUAUGUGGAGCAGGGACCCCCUGGUUUAUGGAACAGUUCUGCUUGUCUGACAACACCAUACUUGACAAUCAUUAAGCCAGAAAUAACAGUGUGAGCCAAGCAAUCAUUAAAAGCAGACAUUUGAAUAACA